CUCUCUUUCCCUCUUUCUCUCCCUCGCGUCACCAGGAGAGCCGCACAUUUCAUCAUUUAGAUUCCGCUGUAUCUGGUUCUUAUAGUUGCCGUCGGCCUCUAUUGUGGAGCCUUGAAUAAAGACAUCCAAUAGGAUUGCCUGCGAGGGCGAUGGAGACACCGAUGACCAACGAAGACCAGGUGAAGGACAUAAUCCACCGAUGGCGAAAUACCCCAGAGGAUAAUUUGAAGCCAGAGGACUACGAGCAGUUCAAGAGUUUAGGAUCUGCCAGUCUCACGCAGGGGGACGGUGCACAACUCCUGGAAUUCCUUCAGGAGGAGAAAAACCAGGGGAUGGUGAGGUCGAUGGGAUGCGUUCUCAUGGCGCCUCUUCUAACCCGAGUGGUUAAAAAGGAGGAGGAGAGUCUCGACCACUGCCAGGCCGCCAUCACACACCUGACCACGACUUGCCGGCCAAAUCCACUCGUGCACAGCUUGCUCGAACUCAUUGAAGACAUUGACCCGGGGGCCAUUUCCGACACCGUGUUAGCCGUCAUCCCGCACCUUCAAACAGUGCUGCUGCAGCUGGACGGCGACAGGAAGGCGGCCUCUGUGGGCUCGGCGCUGAGCGGCCUGCACGGGCAGCUGGCCCGGCUGCCCGUGCCGUACACCCGGCCGCAGGAGGAGGCCGACGAGCACGGCCUGUGCCGCGGCUACGGCGCCCUGGCUGCGCUCGCCCGGCCGUUCGUGGAGGAGGUGAAGGGCGGAAACGGAGACCGCCACGAGGAGGCGGAGCUGAGGACGGAGCUGCUCAAGUUCUGCAUGAGGAGCUUGAGGGAGCCGUUGCUCGAGGCUGAACUGAACCGGGACAGUAAAUCUCCGUUGUGGCUCUUCGCAACCGAGAUAAUGCGCUCGCUGCCUGCGAUCCAAGAGCCCCCGUCGGAGCUCCUGUUCUUCAGCCCUCCGAAGACGAAGAAGAAGAGGAGCGCCCAGCUGGACGGCGCCGAGGCCGAGGAGGCCCGAGCCUGCGCGGCCUACCUGCUGCACGUGCAGCUCAUCGGCAUCGACAGCUUCCCGGCCGUGUUCAGCCCUCUGUUUGUUCUCCAGCGCAACCUGGACUACGUUGGUCAGCUCCUCAGUAGCAAAAAGGAAUCGCACUUGCUUAAAGGACUGGCGCUGUUUGCCAAAAGCUUGGAGCGAGUGCCGGACCACAGCCUCGCCGUGGGUCUGCUGGAGCUGAAGAGCUUCUACAGCGCGCCGCGGAAUCUGAGGGAAGUUCUUACCGACUGCCCGAUGCAGCACUUGAGACAAUCGGGACUCCAGGUCUUCCAGCUCUUCAUCGAUAAGUUAGAUGCCGAAGCGAAGCACAAGUUCUUCAGGUGCAUGUUGAAAACCAGCAACCACGCCGGAGUGGAGAGUUACAUAAUCAAGAACAUCAGGAAUCAAGUUGAAUUUUCUAUGAAGCCGGGGAACGCCGAUAAAAGCUUCCUGGGGGCGGAGCUCCUCCCACUGAUGGGUCUGGUGUUGUGCUUGCCUCAGGGGGCAGAGACCGAUUUGCUCACCAGUAUGGACAGGAUAAUGGAGAGCCUGAAUCUCCUGCGCUACCUCCUGCUCAGAGAAGCAGACCUGAGGAGCACCACAGAUGUGUGGGAAGAGCUGAGCGGGAUCAAAGACGAAUAUCUGACGGUGCUGCGCGUGGGCCUCGGCAUAUCGAGAGGGUGUUACUCCUCUGAACUGAAGGCCCUGAGGGAGGACCGGAAGCUGAAAGCAAGAGAAGCCAGAGAGGCUUCCAGAUCCAGCCGGUUGUUAAAAAGCAUAACGGUGAGACACGAGGAAGGGUCCAACAUGUCCCCAGAGGCCCAGCACCAGGUGCUGCAGAGUGCUCUGGUGACCUUCGACCUGAUGGAGAGUCUGAUCUUCCGGAUCGAAGAGAUCGCAGAGGAGAAGCUGAAGAUCCCAAACUGAAUGCAGGGACCCAAGCGUCACUGAAGGCUGCCGGUUAUUUUGAAGAAGAAAAAAAACCCCACCUUUUUAUUUAUUUUUUAAUGAUAAAAAAAAAAAGCAUAAAACAUUUUUUUAAUGCCGAAAUGUAAAAAAAAAAAAAAAACUGUACUAAUAUUGGAACUUUUUUUUAAAUGGGCUUUUGUGUGUAUUUACCAAGUCGUACUUGUACUGGGUUGGCAUUAAAAAAAAAAGCGAGUGUUUAA